AUGUGGUCUAUAUUCAGUUUCCACUCCCAAGCUCGCAUUGCCAGAAGGGCUGUAAAUCUUCUCAUACCUUUCUCUUCAAAGCUCCAAGCCAAUCCAAUGCCCAUCAAAUGGAUUUUGCACUGGCAGCCAAAUCCCGGCACAACAGUGAACACCCAAAUACUCACGGAAGUGUCCCAGUGCGCCGAGAGCAUCAAUGGCGUCAAGGAAGGGCGCUGGAAAUCAACUCUUAGCUUCUACAAGGCCAUGGCCAGAGAACAAGCCAUUGGUAAUGAAUUCCCUCGCGAUUUCAUGGGGAUUUCGCUUGCGGAGCAGCCUGGUAAAUAUUUCUUGGUAAUUAGGGGGCAGCGCCUCGUGGUUGAGGCCGAGUCUAAUAUUCAGAUGAUAAUGGAGAAACUGCAAUCUUAUAAAACAAGGGUCGCCCUUAAUUUUGAGGGUACUAUGUACCAACUUGGCGACUUUCAGUUGCGAGUGGGAAAGGUGGUUCCAAUGCAUUCGGAAAGUUUGAGGGGCAUAGUAAUGGAGAUGGAGUAUCUGCCUAUUUCAUCAUGGGAUAAAUCGCAUCAAAUCCUGGGUGAAUUCUUUGAUCUCUGGCAGGAGGCUCUGUCAAAAAGGUCGUUGCCAGGUCAUUUUGUUCACAUAGAGCCAAACUUUUCAGAAUAUGGCCUCCGCGACCAAUAUACGCUACAACACACGGCAGUUCAGUACGCGAGUAUUACUGCCCAGAUGAUUGCCACAUCUCAGUCUGUGCAAGCAGCAAGGAACUAG